AUGACUACUGUUGAGCUCGCACACAGCUCAACCCGAAACCAGAAGAUCGAGCGAAUCUGGGUCGACGUUGGCGAAGGCUUUGUCCGGCGAUGGCGAGUCUUCUUCACUCGUCUUGAAGGCAUGCAUGGUCUCGAUGCAGGCAAUCCUGCACAUCUGUGGCUCUUGCAUGAGCUUUUCCUCAGUGACAUCGACACCGAUGCCGAUAACUGGGUCCAGAACUGGAACCUGCAUAAGUUGUCAGGGAAGCAUCGAAACCAAACCCCAUCGGAUAUUCGGCACUUGGCCAAAGUCACUGUUGGGAUGUACGAGGACGAAUAUGCCGACAUUGACCCUGAUAUCCUCACCGAGUAUCUCGGUGUAGAGGGGGCCCCGAGGGGUCGCAGGCGAGGCCAGACUGGUGCAGGUCAUUCGAACGAUACAGACGAUGAAGACGAGCCACUGGAGGGUGACCUCGAUAGCGAUGCAGAGGCCAGCGACAAGGAAGCAUCGAACAUCCGACAUGCUGCUAUCAAGGUUGCUCGCCACAAGAAUCCCUUUGAAUCACAGGAGGACGAAGAUGCCUUCUGGGUAACCUUGGACAGCGUCACUGACACUGGCUUUGUUCCUCGGCACAUGAACAUUCGCGAAGAGGAGUGGGAACAGGAUGGGUAUCCAACGCACGAGAAUCUUGUUGUUGGGAAGAGAAAGCCACCUCUUCGGGUUGAGCUGCCUCACGAGCUGUGGUUGCCCCGAGCCGAGGCAUGGUGUAGGGCUGUUUGGGUUCUAACCCAAAUCCUCAGCAAGGGGAGCAGCUCAUCGGAGAGUGGCUCAUCAAGCUCAUUGGAGAGCGACUCAUCGAGCUCGUCUGGUUCUGAUCAUAGCAUGAACACUGACGAUGUAUGA